AUGGAAGGAAUAAUCAAGACAAUUCAGAAUCAGAUCAGUCAGAAAGACAAUCAGAUUAAAAUGAUUCAAGAAAAUCUCUCAAAACUCUUUGAGGAGAGGGAGGAGCUGAUUAAAUCACUGAAUAUCAUUAUAAAAGCAACUGGUGGGACACCAGUAGAAGAAGAUAAAAAAGAACAAGUAGAAUCAGAUAAGGUAACACUUCCUACCGACAUCAAGGUGGAAGAAAAACCGAACAAAUGGUACGCUAUCUUUAGUGGACCAUUCAGAGGAAUAUACGUAGAUUAUGCGAUAUUUUCGCAACAUACCAACGGAAAGAAAGUCUCACACCAGGCCUUCCAAACCAAAGAAGAAGCCCAAAAAGCCUUGAACGAAUCAUACAAAACCAUGGCCCAAAAACAACCAGUUGAACCAAGGGCACAACUACCCUCAAUGAAAAUACCCAAAAUAGCCCAAAUACCAACCACACAGGAAAAAGAGGCCUUGAAAAAGGUAACCCUCGAGAAGUAUCAGUCCUACUGGGCGUCUCUGGUGGACUACAAGGAAAAACACACUACCAUGGGUUUUUACCCGAAAAUGGCCAGAACCGGACCAAAGGCUAUCUUCAUUGGAGAAGCCAACUCAUUACUAGCCUUCGAUUACCUUCAACAUGGAUUAGUCGACAGUAUCUAUACUGACUCGAUGAGAAUAUUCGAAGAAUUUCCACGAAAGAUGAAACCAAUUAUCAGAAAUUACUUUGAACGAUUCGCGAAGGAAAGAACUAUUUUCAUGAAGAUUAAGAGUUCAAUCCCGAUCUUCGGAAAUGAUAAGAUUAUACAGUCACAAGCAGUAAUACAGCUUGGAGUAGCAAAGGGAGAACUGCCUCCAAGAGAUGAUGCAUCAAGAAGGAUCCUUGCGGAUUCAGAGAUCAAAGUCAAUUACGCUAGCAGUAAUGUGCUAAUGAUCACCUACAACAAGGAAACUAUCUCGAAGGAAGAAAUGCAAGCCGUAGCAGAUUUCGAAUUAGACUUCUAUCAUUUAGAAGGAAAAUUCGCACGACUAGAGGAAUCUAUCAAGGAACAGCUCUGCAGCUUCCUGAUGAGGUAUGACGACCACAAAUGCACUAUCUGCAAAGAGAUAAAGGACAAGAUAAAAAGGACCAGCCAACCACCAUCAGAAAAGUCUGAAGACAUGUGA